AAUCGGCAUUUUUUUGUUCUUUGUAGAUUUUGAUUACGAGGACUUGUAAUUGCCUAUAUUCUCUGUUGCAGCAGCGACAACGCGAUAUUGAAUUUAAAGAGUUUGCAAAUGAACAACGACAAAGAUUACUAUCAGAUAUAUCAAGAUUAGAGGCAAAAGUUGAGAGGCUUGAGUCACAGUUGCAAACUAAAGAUAGAGAAAUAGCAACAAUUACGAGAACGGAGGCCAAAAAUACAACAGCUUUUAAGGUGCAAAUUGAGAAGCUACAACAGGAAAGGGAUGAGUUUCAGAGGAUGGUGAUUGGUAAUUAGCAAGUGAGAACCCAAUAAAUACAUGAAAUGAAGAAAAAAGAGAAGGAGUACAUAAAGUUGCAGGAGAGGCUUAACCAAGUUCUGAUGGAGAAGAAGAAGGAAUCAAGAUCAAGAAUGGAGAUAAUGAACUUGCUUCAGAUAAUGAACUUCAAGUAUGAUUUUCAAUUGAGGGUAUUUAAUGCUGUUAUUGUGGCUUAUGAUCUUCUAAACACUGUUUUCUUAUUUAUCUCCUGUACUACUUAUUUCAUUUUCCUUUUGCAUCAUUUGUCUCCCGUUCCACAUAUUCCAUCUUCUUUGCUCAUGGAUCCAAAGGGUAAAAGAAAAUCAAGUUUGCAAGCUGAGUUUGAUAAUACUGGUUCAUGGACACCUAUGGCUAGUCCAUUUGCUGCUUCUGUUUUGGUUACAUCUCAACUGUUAAAUAGAUCUCUAGAUCGUAAUGCCAAAAUGAAGAAGCAAUGUGACAAAGUUAUGUUCCCCAUCCUAGACUCUGGUUGUAGUGAAGUCUUGCGGAGGGAAAGUUUUGAAUUUUUCAGAGAAAGUGCAUCUACGUAUCCAGGGAAUUCUAAUAUAACGUUCUAAUAUGUCUUUGCAAAUGCCUUUUUCUGCCUAUUCAAAUGAUAAAAGCUCUAUAAAUGUGGUUGGCAAAUCCACCAAGCUUGAUACACAAUCUCAUGUUUCUAAAGGAAACAAAUCACAUGUCUACAUGGAAAAUCUUGCUAUCGUUAGUUUAGGCACUCCUAUCGCUCCAUCUGAAAUUUAAUGUGAUGCUUCUCAACCUUUUAAUAGAUCAGCUCUAUGUGAUAUUUCAAAUUGUAAGUGAAUAAAUGUGUGAAAUUUUUUCUAUCAUUAUUACAAUUUAGAUUAGUUUUCAUAUAUUUUACAUCCUUUUUAUCUUCAUCUUUAUGUUGUGUUUUAUGUUAAUCUCCAGCUUAUUUGCUUAAUCCUUCUAAGCAUAGUGUCAAGAGAAAGAAAAAUUUAUAGUUAAG